AUGCAAUCGCAGACUGCGAGAAGUCUGCUGAUUAUGGCGGACGCCAGCCCCAAGGGCAAACUGGACGUCUGGAGUCCAGUCCUGUUCUGUGGCCGAGCCGCAGCAUGCAUGCCUCUACAGCGAAUGUCCGAUCUCCUGGCCUCGACAGCUUCAGUGGAAACGAAGCUUGAAGAAGCACAGAGGGCUGCCGACUCCUUUGCCGAGCUCACAAGUGCCGCUCAAGCUGUGGGGCAGAAGAAGAAACUGCUCUUUGGCCGCAAAGAGAAGACGUCGUGCGAAUGUCAUGUCUUGUUCUCCAGUGAAAGCUCUCCGAGGCCAAAGGCGAUCUCGACGAUCCGCCAGAAGAAACUGGCAGCUCGAGAGCAGCUGCAAGCACUCUUGCAUACCUUGAAUAUGCUUGACCUGGAGCUCAAGCUGCCAGAGCACGGGCUCCACGCAGCUGACACAGCAAAUGGGGAAGUCCGGAUUACUUCGCCCGAUGGCUGCUUUCUCUGGAAUGCGAACACAGGCCAGGCCGUCUGGGACAAGAUCAUGGAGGCCGACCUGAAGGACUUGAGGGUCGUCCUCUCCCCUGACGAAGGAUCGUCGAUGUUCUGUUGCUUUGCUUUUCUUGCUGCCAACGGCUUCAGAGUGGGGUGGUGCAGAGACGAGCUGCAGCUCGGAUUAUUUUCCGGAUUCGCAACUAGUCAGUGUUGCAUAUUUCUGUGUGAUUCCUUUAUAAGUUCCCACCGCUCGAGGCACAAGCUUUCGAACCACUUCCUCCGCCUUCUGCGAUGCAAUGCAGCAGUUUCCCGCUUCUCUGCUCAUGUGCAAGCAAAUUACAGCUGCAUUUGCCGGUUGUUCUAA